UCCACUGUACACCAGCCUGGACAACAGAAUGAGACCCUGUCUCAAAAAAAAAAAAAAAAUUAAAUGUUUUGAUUAUACAAGGAAAAUGAACAUUCAUGUAUUAAAGCUUCAUGUUUUAUGAACAAAAUUGACUUUGCAGGCAGGAGAGCGUUUUCUGGGGGCACCAGAAGCAGGGAACUUUCUUUGUCCAUUGGAUGCAGGGAUGCCCACUAUCCCUCCACUAUCUUCCCGUCAUAGCCCUGUCUGGCGUCUUUUGUCCCUGACAAAACCUACAAAAAGUGAAUUUCACACUUCAGGCUGCGUGCAUUUGAAGAGCGAUAAGAUAACAUUUUUUCACUUCCAGCUACCAGUGGACAUCUGCUGGGGUGGGCUGCAUGGAAUCUGAAAUAAUGUCUAAAUACUGAAGCGACCCUCUACACUAGAGACUGAUAUACAGCUGACACCGACCCCCGCGGAAUUGAAAAUCAUCGUAUUACUUUUGACUCCCCCAGACCUUAACUACUAAUAGCCGACUGUUGCCCGGAAGCCUUAUGAAGUUGCCCAAAAGCCUUAUGAAUUACAUAAACUCCCAAUCGAUUAACAUUUUGUAGGAUAUAUGCAUGAUAUACGCAUAACACAUAUAUAUAUGAUUACACAUUUUGUAUGAUACAUGCAUUAUAUAUAUUUUAGUGUAAGAACUAUACUUAUACUAAAACAGACUAGAGAAAGGGUAUCAGGAAAAUUGUAAGAGGCUCGUUGACAUUUCACCCAAUAAAAAAAGGAAAAUAAAAGAACAUGGAAGGGAAAAUACAUUUACUAAUCAUUAAGUGGAAGUGUAUCAUCAUAAAGGUCUUCAUCCUUGUGUUCUUCACGCUAGGCAAGAGAAUGAGGUGGGGCUGAUCUUGUCUCUGGGGCAAGAGGUGGGGGAGCUAAAGGAGCACACUCGAAGUAACGUUUAUUGGGAGAAAAAAAAAAAAAAGCCUACGUGUAAAUGGACCCGCACAGCUGAAACCUGUGUUGUUCAAGUGUCAACCUACUUAAGACCUCAAACACCGAAGCCCCUCAGUCACCCUGGAGGGCGGCAGACUCAGUUUCCUAGCGCUCCCAGCAGUCUGCACACAAGGUGCCGUCUGCCGCAGCCUUGGGGAGACUACAUUUCCCAGAAAGCUUUGCGUCGAGCGGCAGUACUUUGAUCCAAUGAAAAUCCAAGACGGGCAUUUCCGUGUGGGCGUGCCCCUCAGGGCGGGACUUCUGGCGUGUUGGCAGCGGUCAUUUUGGCUGCCCUCCGGUCCGUUCUAUCCGUCAGCCUCGUUAGUGUGCCUCUUCGGCAUCGAAGUGACGGACCGCGAAGGCGCGAGAGUCAGGUCUGAGGGUCGGGGCAGAGCCGCCCGCGAGGCCUGCCUGGGGAUAGCGGUGCUCGUGUUCCCCCCCUCGUCGCCCGCAGCUCCCGGUCCAGCUCCGUCCACAGACUCGGAUGGCGACCGCACUGAGGGACCCUUCUCCGGUUCCCAUAGCUACAGAGGUACUUUUCAAGCUUACACAGGGAAGUGUGACCUUUGAAGAUGUGGCCGUGUACUUCUCCUGGGAGGAAUGGGAUCUCCUUGAUGAGGCUCAGAAACACCUGUACUUCGAUGUGAUGCUGGAGAACUUUGCACUUACAUCCUCCCUGGGUUGUUGGCAUGGAGUGGAGCAUGAGGAAACACCUUCUGAACAGAGAAUUUCUGUAGAAGGAGUGCCACAGUUCAGGACUUCCAAAGAAGGUUCAUCUUCCCAGAAUGCCUACUCCUGUGAAAUAUGUGGCCUGGUCUUGAGAGAUAUUUUGCACUUGGCUGAACACCAAGGAACAAACUGUGGGCAGAAACUACACACAUAUGGAAAACAAUUCUACAUCAAUGCAGAUCUUCAACAGCACCAGAGGCAGCACAUUAAAGAGGCACCUUUCACAAGUUAUGUGGACACAGCCUCAUUUACAAAGAGCUGCACAGUCCAUGUGUCGGAGAAGCCCUUCACCUGUAGGGAGAUCAGGAAAGACUUCCUGGCCAACAUGAGGUUUCUCCAUCAAGAGGCCACUCAAACAGGGGAGAAGCCAAAUAACAGUAACAAGUGUGUGGUGGCCUUUUACAGUGGGAAAAGUCAUCGCAACUGGGGAAAAUACAGUAAAGCCUUUAGCCACACAGACACACUUGUUCAGGACCAGAGAAUCCUCACUAGAGAAGGGCUUUUUGAGUGCAGCAAAUGUGGGAAAGCAUGUACGCGAAGAUGUAACCUCAUUCAGCACCAGAAAGUCCACAGUGAAGAAAGGCCUUAUGAAUGCAACGAAUGUGGAAAAUUCUUUACCUACUACUCCAGUUUCGUUAUACAUCAAAGAGUUCAUACUGGAGAAAGGCCUUAUGUGUGCCCUGCAUGUGGGAAAUCCUUUAGUCAGAUCUACAGCCUCAAUAGCCAUAGGAAAGUUCACACUGGAGAAAGGCCUUAUGAAUGCAGCGAAUGUGGGAAAUCUUUUAGCCAAAGGUCCAACCUCAUGCAGCAUCGCAGAGUUCACACUGGAGAAAGACCUUAUGAAUGCAGUGAAUGUGGGAAAUCUUUUAGCCAAAACUUCAGCCUCAUUUACCACCAGAGAGUUCACACUGGAGAAAGACCUCAUGAGUGCAAUGAGUGUGGAAAAUCCUUUAGCCGAAGCUCCAGCCUCAUUCACCACCGGAGACUUCACACUGGAGAAAGACCCUAUGAGUGCAGUAAAUGUGGGAAAUCGUUUAAGCAAAGCUCCAGCUUCAGUUCACAUCGGAAAGUCCACACAGGGGAAAGGCCUUAUGUGUGUGGGGAAUGUGGGAAAUCCUUUAGCCAUAGCUCCAACCUUAAGAACCACCAGAGGGUUCACACUGGAGAAAGGCCUGUUGAGUGCAGUGAAUGUAGCAAAUCCUUUAGCUGUAAAUCUAACCUCAUUAAACACCUGAGAGUUCACACUGGAGAAAGGCCUUAUGAGUGCAGUGAAUGUGGGAAAUCCUUUAGCCAAAGUUCUAGCCUCAUUCAACACCGGAGAGUUCACACUGGAAAAAGGCCUUAUCAGUGCAGUGAAUGUGGGAAAUCCUUUGGCUGCAAAUCUGUCCUCAUUCAACACCAGAGAGUUCACACUGGAGAAAAGCCUUAACUGUACUGAGAAUAUGCAAUUUCCUUUUAGUGUAAUUAUACUGAAGGAGUACACCUGUGAGAGAGACAAGUACCUGAACUGGAAGCCCCAACAUCUAAGGAUAUACAGUGGGCAGAUUCCCCUUAAGUUCCAGGUAUGUGUUACACUUUCUAACCUGCCAUUUAGAAAGUGUUAGACUUUCUCACCUGCCAUAUAUGGCUCUUGCCAUUUAUGUCACUGACAGUUUCUGAGGCAGAAGCCGUAUCACAUCUACCACCUGUGAGGUCCACGUAAUGUGCACCAUUUACCUCCUGAACCUGCUGAAGGAAGCAGACCUCUGUUUCUCCCCAUUUGCUAGAAGAAAUCAUGAAUAGUCUGAGUCUUCCUCUCUGACAAGUUAGGGCAUGGACUUGACCCAGCUUUGUGCCAGAGAACCCAAUAUGAGUGUUGUUGGCAGCUUGCCAAGAAGGACUCUUCUUUCAAGACAUGUUGGUUUCAUGUGACACCUCCAUGGAUUUUUUCCAGCCUCUCAGUCACCAACUUUGGAACUGCUUGCCUCACAUCGCUUUGUUUUUUACAAUAAUAAAGGCAUUAUUAUUUAAGCUA